UAGAUGACUGCUUUGGAAGGACAGCAAAAUCGGAGACAGGAAAGCUGCGUUCCUUGUUAAAUGUAGAAUAACAAUCGAAAACAUUCUCUACAGAUACGAAGAAUAUGGACAAUAGUAAGCGGAAUGUUGUUGUAACAGGGUUUGAGCCAUUUGGAGCGCACACCAUUAAUGCCAGUUGGGUAGCAGUCCAGGAACUGAAAAAGCUGGGCUUGGGAAAGGACGUAGACCUGCAUGUGUAUGAGGUGCCUGUCGAGUACCAGGCAGUCCAGAGUUUGGUUCCGUCAUUAUGGAAGCAGUAUCAUCCCCAGUUAGUGGUCCAUGUUGGAGUCUCGGGUAUGGCCACCACCGUUACCUUGGAGAAAUGUGGCCGUAACCUUGGCUACAAGGGUCUCGACAACAGCCGCUUCUGUCCCCAUUCUCAGUGUUGCAUUGAGGGGGGUCCUGACUGCAUUGACUCUGUUAUUGACAUGGAAUCGGUCUGCAAGAGAGUGACAGCCUCUGGCCUAGGUGUAGCAGUGUCCGUCUCAAAAGAUGCUGGCAGAUACCUCUGUGACUUCACCUACUACACCUCUCUGUACCUGAGCCACGGGCGCUCAGCGUUCGUCCACGUGCCUCCCAUAGCAAAGCCUUAUAGUGGAGAGGACCUGGGUAGAGCCCUUCAAGCCAUCAUACAAGAGAUGCUGAACAUGCUAGACAGAGCCGAAGAGAAGAUCCACUGCCAGCACGUGCACUAAGUGACAUGCUAGACAGAGCCGAAGAGAAGAUCCACUGCCAGCACGUGCACUAAGUGACCUGCGAAAGCCAACUGCCUUUACCCCUUACACACAGGAGAUAUUAUGCAGUUAACCACAAAUACCCCAAUAACGUGCAAAUGAGGAAAUGGCAACGAAACGGACACUUCCAGUUGACUCAUUCCACAGACAUUUUUUCACGUUCUUCGUUGAUGUUGCCUCAAGCACUUUACCUGGCCCAGUAUUUUUUUUUUUUUAUCUUAGUGGUUAUGGAUAGAGGUGAGGUGAGUAAAAGCUGAUCCAGGUCUAGUGUUUAGGUGUAACUUGAGCUUUCUCCACAUCCGUGUUCUGGGGAAUUUAACUGGAAUUACUGGAAUUGACAGAAGGGAGCCACCUGCUUGCGUUAAGAGUGCUACUCUUUUUUAAUCUGUUUUCAUGGUUUCCUGGUUUUGGCUCUUUAUCCAUACUUUCACUGUAAUCUCAGAAACAGUGUAUGGAAAAUUCCUUUUCUACAUCAACUCACUGUACAAGUUCCACAUUAUUUAUUGGGGUCUUUCCUUUUUCCUUUCAGUUAUUUUAAGGGGAAUUUCUGACUUUGGUUGUUACUCAUCAUCUUGAAGAGUUGUUUUUCUUACCAGCUUUUUCAUUGAAGUCUGAGGCAUCCACUUGUUGGUACUACUUAAGUCAUGCUAGUACUUUCUGUAUUUAUGUAUAUUAUUUAAUGGUGUUAGCUUAAGGUGUUUAGCUAGAUUUAUAUGUUCUGAAUGUGCCUGAAACAUUUUCUGUAAAGCAUUAUUUAAAGAGAAAUUCACAUUGUUUUUGCAUAUUUCCCCCGUUCAUUAUCUGAACAUUUGUUUGUCGUUUUUUGUAUAAAAAAUGUUUUAAAAAACAAAAUUCAGAUAGUUACUUUUAAAUGCAAAAUGUUGCUCUUUUACAUUGAUAACGUAUUGUUUCUUGAGUCUUUUUAUUUAUCAGAAGUUGUACAUUUGCCUUCUUUUACUAAGGUAUCAAGAAAUGUGUUUUGACUGGUAGCUCUUUGGUAUUGUUUGACAGAUACGGCAUUAGUUCAAUGAACUUCAUCAGAUCAGUAUUGUCACCGGUUUAUUUCUCUAUUUGGUUAGGUCAGGGUGUGAUUUGGGUGGGCAUUCUAUGUUUUCUAUUUCUUUGUUUUUGGCCGAGUGGUUCCCAAUCAGAGGCAGCUGUCUAUCGUUGUCUCUGAUUGGGAAUCAUACUUAGGCAGCCUUUUUCCCACCUAUGUUGUGGGUAAUUAUUUAUUUUCUGUGAGUGUUUGUGUGCGCCACGGUUGCGUCAUGUUCGGUUUCUGUUUACCUGUUUUUUUUGUGAAAGUUUCACUUUAUUAAAAGAUGUGGAAUUACA